AUGGCAGAGGACGAAAUGAUGGUGGACGAUGGAGUGGUUGAUUCAACAGAACUCAACGGGGACCACUCCGGUCGGCUGGAAACUAUUGACCCUACCGUGAUUACGCUAGGCCAAAGCCAUGGUCAUCCGUUUGUGGGUGGUAAAAGCAAACAACCCUCUGGAUUUCCUCCGGAUCAGACAGAAGUGUCCCUUUCGCCUUCCCCUAAUACGGCCUCGGACAAUAUGGACAUUGCAUACUCUCAUCUACCGAAAGUCGAGGUCCGGAUCCCGCCUCCCCCAAGGUUUCCGCCAUUACCCUAUGCAUCCUCCAAAACGGGACUGGUCUAUGAUGCGAGGAUGAGAUUCCAUUGCGAACCAGUGAAGAUGACGGUUCGGUCCGAUACCAUCCAUCCAGAGGAUCCCCGCCGAAUCCAUGAAAUAUUCCAAGAGAUUCAGCAGGCUGGACUUGUGCAAGGCCCAGAUGCUCAGGAUGACGAGGCCAGGGAUGAACAGUGCUGGAGGAUACAUGCAAGGUUUGCCAGUAAAGGCGAGAUCUGCCUGAUACAUACGCCCCAACAUUAUGACUUCAUAGAAUCGCUCCAAGAAAAAACGGAGAAAGAGCUUGAAGAUCUCUCCGAAGCAAGAGACUCGAUUUAUUUCCACAACAGCACGUUCGACUGUGCCAGACUCGCCGCAGGAGGAGCCAUUGAAGCCUGCAGGGCCGUGGUCCGUGGCGAUGUGCGAAAUGCAAUUGCCAUCAUCCGCCCACCAGGACACCAUGCAGAGUGCGACCAGGCAUCUGGGUUUUGCGUCUUCAACAAUGUCCCCAUUGCAGCUCGCGUCUGUCAAAACGACUUUCCCAAGGAAUGCCGCAAGGUGCUCAUCCUGGACUGGGACGUACACCACGGCAAUGGAAUUCAGCAUGCCUUCUAUGACGAUCCCAAUGUUCUCUAUAUCUCGUUGCACGUGUAUAGAAACGGCCAAUUCUACCCGUGUCUACCGGAUGGCAACCUGACUUAUUGUGGCGAAGGCGCUGGGUUAGGGAAGAAUGUCAACAUCCCUUGGCCUGCGCACGGCAUGGGGGAUGCGGAGUACCUCUAUGCAUUUCAAGAGGUGGUUAUGCCCAUCGCUACGGAAUUCGAUCCUGACCUUGUCAUCAUCUCAGCUGGUUUUGACGCCGCCGAAGGAGAUGAGCUGGGUGGCUGCCAUGUCACCCCAGCUUGUUACGCUCACAUGACUCACAUGCUCAUGCGUCUAGCGAAGGGCAAGAUUGCGGUGUGCCUGGAGGGAGGGUACAAUCUGCGGUCCAUCGCGCGGUCGGCACUUGCAGUAACGAGAACUCUCAUGUUACAGCCACCCGAUCGCCUUGAGGAGGAUUUACCGCCUCCUCGAGAAGACGCCGUGAGGACCGUCGCCCAAGUCAAGCGGGAGCAUUCACGAUAUUGGAAGUGCUUGUUCCCGAGGGAGCCGGAAGUGAGCGAUAUGGCGUCCUCGGAGACUCUGCGCUUGCAUGACAUCAUCCGGGACUGGCAGAGCAAAGUGCUCACUGAAGCCCAUCAAAUGAUUCCUCUCACCAUCAAGAAGUCUGGGUUUAGCCAGACUUUUGAGCAUAACGUGAUGGCAACGCCCAAGUUCAUGGAAGAGCAUCCGCUAUUGGUGAUCUUCCAUGAUCCGCCUGGCUGGAUAUCCCAAUCGGACCCUGUGACGGGGAGGGUAGAACCCCACAACUCGUGGCUGACUAAUGAUACCAAGAGUUACAUUGAUUGGGCCAUCAAUGAGGGCUUCGAGAUUAUCGAUGUCAAUGUCCCCAAGAUGGUGACGAUCGAAGAUGAGGAUGGCGACAUCGUGCAAACGGAUGCGUCAGAUGCCCGAGCACAGCAAACGCGCCUACUUGCCAACUAUCUAUGGGAGAACUACAUUGAACCUCAUGACGCAACGCAGGUUUUCCUCAUGGGCAUCGGAACGCCGUACACGGGACUGGUUGAGCUGCUUUCGAACAAUGGUAUGAGUACAACUGAGGACAACGGCGUCCAACAUCUCAUUGGCUUUAUCUCAGGCAGCCCGAUCCCCUCGAUCAGACGGGCCACGGACGAUUACAUUCCAUUAUGGUUCUAUGAACACACGACCGUCUUUGUAGCCUACGACCACCUGGCGUGGGACCCCAACCGGCAACGGAAACUGCGCAAGAAGUACGGCAAGUUGGUCAAAUCCAGCGAGAUGGCGCUGCACGCCAUGCUCCAGGCACACAAGCGGGAAGUGCAAGAGCUGCUGUCGCGCAUGAAGCGAGAGUACGAGGAGAAGCAUAGCAGAAGCCGGACGUCGGAGGAAGAGCGAGAGGUUGGUCCUCCGACGCCGAGGACUGCGAAGGCGCCCGGGCAAGGGCCUGGGUCACUGCCUCCGAUGGGGGUGUUUAGCUCACCAAUCGUGGGGAGGAGGUUUGGGUGA